GGGGCACAGACCAGUCGCGGCGGCCAUUUGCGGAUGCGUAGUCGGCGGUACCGGUUGUAUGUGUCGUGUUGUGUGUGCGUGCGUGUGCAGUCCUCACCGAGUGCGACGCGAAUAUACGUGAAAAUAUUAUCAGUAAUUUUUUUGUGUUGAUAAAUGAUAAUAUUAUUCUCCGUUUUCGAUAACGCGGAAUAUUUUUGAUUUCGUCGCGCAGGUUAGUUUGCUAAACUCGUCAAUACCGUCCGUUUUUCGCAUCCGUGCAGAUUACUAUUACACGAUCUUCGGCCGACGGCAUUCUAUAUCCGUUCGUUGUAAUCAUCGUUAUCGUCGCAGUCGCGUCCAUGGUGUAUAUUAUGCGAUUCUCGAAAUAUUUGUUUUUUAUUGAAAUUAAUAACGGAAAAUAAAAUUUGCAGUAACGUUUGAUAAUCCGCUCCUAUUUGCGGCGGGUAUUUACGUAUAAUAAUUUUUGUUUUUGGUCGAAAAUCCGCUGGGUUCGUGAAAUUUUGUGUGCGAGAUUUUUUUUUUAAAAAUUUAUUGUUUUUUUACUUACCUCACGGGUGGUGUCACCCGCACACGCAUUGUGCGAGUUUCCCACAACCGUGCGCCGGCAUGAAGGAGGUGGUGUCCGUUAACCCGUCGCCGCCGCCGCCGCAGCCGCAGCUGAUAAGGGCCAAACAACCAGGAUACUUGGACCUGACAGCCGAACAGAUAGACAGACUCAUCAGCAAGGAUCCCAUCGACAAGGUUUACGACGUAGAAUCUGAACCGUUUGCCAGGGGCAAAUAUGCGACGGUCAGGAGGUGUCGAGACAAACAGACCGGUAAACAAUAUGCGGCGAAGUUCCUGCGAAAACGUCGGCGGAACGCCGACCUGCGACCCGAAAUCCUACACGAGGUGGCAGUGCUGGAAGCGUGCACAUACAACAGCCGCAUCGUCAACCUGUACAAAGUGUUCGAAACCAGUACCGAAAUGAUAUUGUUACUAGAACUAGCGCCUGGUGGUGAGCUACAAAUGGUCCUGGAUAGGGACGAAGUACCGUCUGAACCAGAGGUGGCCCGACUCAUGCGACAGAUACUCGAUGGGUUGCACUACUUGCACACUAUAAACGUCGCGCAUCUAGACAUCAAGCCACAAAACCUUGUAUUGACUGCCGACUUCCCAAACUGUGAUGUAAAACUAUGCGACUUUGGCAUAUCCAGGUACCUCAGCGAAGGGGCCGACGUGCGAGAAAUACUUGGCACACCCGACUACGUGGCCCCCGAAGUGCUAAACUACGAACCAAUCGACGUGCAAACCGAUAUGUGGUCCAUUGGAGUCCUAUUGUACGUACUGUUGACCGGAUGCUCGCCGUUUGGCGGCGACACCAAACAGGAAACGUUCUGCAAUAUAUCACAAUGCAAACUCGAUUUUCCUGAAGAUCUAUUUCAGGAUAUAUCUGAGGAUGCUAUUGAUCUCAUGAAGAAGCUGAUGGUGAAAAACCCAAGGGAUCGCCUCACUGCCAAGGACUGCUUGGAACACGGUUGGUUUCACAGAACGUUGACGAUGACAACGUUGACGUGUACGACGCCUUCGAGGAUAUUUAGUGGACAGGACGGCGGCGGCAGCAGCAGCAGCAACGCGUCCGAUUCGUCGAUCUGCGCAAUAGUGACCAACGCUCUGUCAGACGUCGUAGACCGCGUCACUGCCGCUACCAGCACCCCCGUGACGACCGCCGUCAAACACCACCACCAACAACAACAACCACAUCACCAACACCAACAACAACCACAUCACCAACACCAACAACAACAGAAAAAGUUUGCCGCCCUGACCAAGAGCUGCGACAACUCGCCCGUACCAGCGAUGAGCGCGUCUCGGCGCAAGUCUUUCAAGGACAACAUGGAGUCACUGGUCAGGCGAUUGGACCGUGAACUGGCCGACAGCUGCGAAUUUAUGGUCAAUGGAUCAAAUCCGUCGCCUCCACCUACCACCACGGCCGUCAACACCACAUCAUGCCGGACCCUGAGCCGCGCCAACGGCACGCAGACCAUGCCCGUCGGAGGACUGGCGCGUGUCGAUGGCCGUGACAUGGUGCCGUUUACGUUCCGCAGGGUUUACGUGGUGGACGAACCGUCGCCGCCGCCUUCACCGUCAUCUCAGCUACUUCACCACCCGGAAUACCACCACCGGCCGCGGGCACCGUCAACGUCGUCGACGCCGAACAGCAGCAGCGCCGACACCUCGUCGGUGAGUGACUGCAGCAGUGACACCGUCAGUGAGUUCUCAAUCGAUUCGAGUAGCGACCGGUCCAGCAUCAUAUCGCUGGAAGACUCGCUGGACCAUCCGUCAUCCUCAUCAUCCUCAUCCUCCUCGUCUUCCUCUUCGUCGUCGUCGUGGUGUCGUUCGUCAUCCGCCGACCUGUUGCAGCAAACCCGGAGGAUGGGAAAAAUGUCCGCGUCGUGUUUCAACGUCUGGGACACUUCCGGCGGAGAUCGUAGAAAAUGGCCGAAGGAGUGCAGCGGUGCUGUGGCCCGAGCCAUGUCGCAAUUCGCCAACGGGUGCGGUGACUGCCGUCCGGCCGCCCGACUCCGGGUGUUCGACGACAAGACCGGUGGCGGUGUCACGAACGCGGCCGGACCACGGGACAACCGGUGCGUGGGCCUGGAACUGAUGCGCGAGCGCAACGGCAACGUGGUGGUAAUACGCGAGAUCAAGGCCAACGGCGGCAGCGGCCGAUACGCCCGGUGCAGCGAGCUCAAGUGCGAAACGGUGCAGUCACGGAUACGCAAACUGCAGGUGCAUCGCGCCGGACCCGCCGUCCGAACGGUGCUGGACAAGUCGUCGUCAUCGACGUCGUCGCCACUGUCGUCGUCGGACCUGUUCUGACAGCCCGCCGCCCGACCCUCCGCCGCAUCUAGUCCGCAGCAACGACCUUAUUGUUAUUAUUAUUAUUAUUAUUAUUAUUAUCACACGGUUAUUUUUCUUUUUAUUUUACUAAUAUUAUUAUUGUUAUUGUCUAUUUGGUCGCCGCCGCUGUCUUUCUAUUACCUUUCUUCGACGGACGGUGGUGGACGCCGAAUUCGUUUAGACUCUCAUCCCCUGUCGUGCUCGAAACUUGAUAAUUAUACGCGUUUUAGCCUGCUCGUUAACUAUUAAAAUAUUAUAUGAUAGGUACUAAUAACAUGUUGAAUGUAACACGUUUGUAUGAUAUAGGUAUAUAUAUGCGAUUCUUCGUCUAUUUUCCCAUUUUAGUAGUCUCUUCACAAGCACCGUCUGCUCUAUAUAAACGCGUUUAUGAUUACUA